UGACACAAGCGAAGCGAGUAUGAACAAGCUACCACCUUUCUCUCUCUCUCCCUCUCUAUCAUCCAAUUUUGUUCUAACACACGUAGGAGAGACUCAGGAGAAGGUCCAAAUUAUUUCAAAGAUCGUGUUUUUCCACAAACAACAUAUCAACUCUAAUCCGAUGUGAAAGCCUCGUAUGAAUUCCACCAUGUUUGAAUUUCAUUCUCGUUUUCCGAUGAUCGUUGCGAUGCGCGAAGAAUCGCGGAAUUAGGUUUUGUAUCGUUCCCGGGAAAUGCCAAGCAUUGGUGUCAAAUUAUACAGUGCAUUUUUCAAGUUUAUGCUCAAGCAUCGACUGCAGAGCCGAUUGGAUGCGCUGGAAAUCAACUCCGGCUGCGGCGGAGCCUACGGGGUGACGUCACGGCCGGACGAGGAGACGGCCGCUGCCGCCAACCCUUCCUUCACCGACGGCGUCGCGACGAAGGAUAUACACAUUGAUCCUCUAACAUCCGUCUCCGUCCGUAUAUUUCUUCCCGAUAAUUGCCUCCAUCAUCCCGACAGCAGGGCUAGGUCUCGGGGCGGGCUGCCGAAUUCCGGUCCUUGCUCGAAUAAGAAGCUGAUUCGUCGCAACAGCGAGGGGUACUCUAUGGAUGAGCUUUCCCGGAGUGUUGAUAGCGGUAGUAGGAGGAGGAGCUACGGAGGUGGCAUUGAAGACGUGAAUUUGAAGCCUGAAGCUGUGAAUUACAGAGGGUAUAAUCCAGUCGGGAGCAAUUGCCGAAAGUUGCCGGUGAUGUUGCAGUUUCACGGUGGGGGUUUUGUUAGUGGAAGCAAUGACACGGUGGCGAAUGAUUAUUUCUGCAGGCGGAUUGCGAGAUUGUGUGAGGUGAUCGUGUUGGCGGUAGGGUAUAGAUUGGCCCCUGAGAAUAAGUAUCCAGCUGCAUUUGAGGAUGGUUUGAAGGUGCUGCAUUGGCUAGGGAAGCAGGCAAAUUUGGCUGAAUGUAGCAAGUCAUUUGGUGGGAGGAGACGAAGGGAGGACGCGAGGAAGUUGGAGGACGAUUGGCAUGUUGCGGAUGCAUUUGGAGCUUCCAUGGUGGAACCUUGGUUGGCUGCUCACGGAGAUCCCUCGAGGUGCAUACUCCUCGGUGUAAGUUCUGGUGGAAACAUUGCGGACUAUUUGACGAGGAAAGCUGUCGAGGGUAGUAAGAAUUUGGACCCGGUAAAAGUGGUUGCUCAGGUUCUAAUGUAUCCUUUUUUCAUGGGAAGUAUACCGACGCAUUCAGAAAUAAGAUUGUCAAACUCCUACUUCUACGACAAGGCUAUGUGCUUGCUUGCGUGGAAACUUCUCUUAUCCGAGAAGGAGUUCAGCCUAGAUCACCCGGCUGCUAACCCCCUCAUAUCUGGUAGAGAAGGACCUCCAUUGAGCCGGAUGCCUCCAACCCUAACAGUCGUUGCCGAACACGACUGGAUGAGAGACCGCGCAAUUGCUUACUCGGAGGAGCUCAGGAAGGUCAAUGUGGACGCUCCAGUUCUUGAAUACAAGGACGCCGUUCAUGAAUUUGCAACACUCGACAUGCUUCUGAAGACUCCUCAAGCUCAGGCAUGUGCCGAGGACAUCUCCAUAUGGGUCAAGAAAUACAUCUCAUUUCGCGGCCAUGAGUUCUCAUACUGACUCCAAUGCACAGCUCCUGCAGAUGGAUCGAGGACAUUGUACGUACGCCAUUUUCUUCCCCUUGUUUUUUGUUCUUGGCAAAGUUCAGUUUAGUCGAGACAAGCGUUUCUCGUUCGACUGUCGAUCAUUUAGAUGUAAAAUUGGUGGUGCAAUGUAGAGUUAGAUGUAGUUGUGUCGUGCUGUUGUAGUUGUACCUUUUUGAACAUCGAGAGAAAUGUAUCAUACUAGUUGUAUACCAGGAUGAGUUUGUUGUUAUGUCAUUUUUAAAAAAGGAUGAAUUUGUUGCCAA